GAAGUUUCUUUCGUGUAAAUCGUGAAAUUGAAAUUGAAAUUGAAAUUAAUUCGCAAUGUCCAUAAUGAAGAAGGUGAAGCAAUUGCCGCUGCGGGGCAUGUGCAGCCUUUAUGCGAGGAGCGCGCUGCGGGUGGGGGUGCGCCACAGCUGCGGGGAUGUCAAGGCCAACACGAAGGGCGUCGUGGUGGGGCUGUACCUGAAGGAGGAGGCCGGCAAGGAGCCGAAGCUGACGCCCACCGGCCAGAAGGUGGACGGGCGCGUGAACGGCAAGCUGGCGGAGCUGAUCUGCGAGACGAAGCUGGACGGGCGGCUGGGUCGGGGCAGGAUCUUCAACAGCAUCGAUCCCGAGUUCAGUUCGGUGGCUGUGGUGGGCCUGGGCGUGGAGGGGAUCGCCUUCAACGAGCUGGAGAUGCUGGACGAGGGCAUGGAGAAUGUGCGCAUUGCGGCGGGCAUUGGAGCGCGCUCCCUGCAGGACGAGGGCGUGGGUGCCAUCUCGGUGGACGGCAUGGACUACGCGGAGCAGGCGGCAGAGGGGGCUGCACUCGCCGUCUGGCGCUUCCCCGACAACCUGGCCGCCAAGAAUAUGCCCCUGAUACCCACGCUCAGUCUGUACGACUCCUCCGACGCCAACGGCUGGACACGCGGCAUCUUCAAGGCCGACGCCCAGAACCUGGCGCGCCGCCUCAGCGAUGCUCCGGCGAACUGCAUGACCCCCACCCUGUUCGCCCAGGCCACCGUGGACGCCCUGUGCCCCUGCGGCAUCACCGUCGAGGUGCGGACCAUGGACUGGAUCGAGGCGCAGCGGCUGAACGCCUUCCUAAUGAUCGCCAAGGGCAGCUGCGAGCCGCCCGUCAUGCUCGAGAUCAGCUACUGCGGCGCUGCUCCCGAGGAGAAGCCGAUCCUGUUCGUGGGCAAGGGCAUCACCUUCAACUCGGGGGCCCUCAAUAUGCGUCCGUGCAGGGGCAUGGACGAGUACCGCGGCAGCAUGUCGGGGGCAGCCGCCUGCGUGGGCAUGAUGCGCGCCUGCGCGGCCCUCUCCCUGCCCAUCAAUGUCACCUGCGUGAUCCCGCUGUGCGAGAACCUGCCCUCGGGCAUGUCCUGCAAGCCCGGCGAUGUGGUCCGCCUGCUCAACGGCAAGUCGAUGGCCAUCCGGGACCUGGACAAGGCUGGCGUGGUGGUGAUGUCCGACGCCCUGCUCUACGGCCAGAACACCUACAAUCCACGGCUCGUGGCGGACGUGGCCACCCUCGAGAUGGGCGUGAAGAAGGCCUUCGGCGGCGGGGCCACCGGCGUCUUCUCCAACUCCCACUACAUCUGGAAGCAGUUCCAGCGCGCUGGCUCCCUCACCGGCGACCGCGUGUGGCGCCUGCCCCUGUGGCAGUACUACCGUCGCCAGGUGACCGACGAGCUGGGCUACGAUCUGAGCAACAAUGGCCGCGGCAUUGCCAGCUCCUGCCUCUCGGCAGCCGUGCUCCACGAGCUGGUGCCGUGCGCCGACUGGGUGCACCUGGACACACGGGGCACGGGCCUGCUCAGCCAGUACGGACUCAUCCCGUACCUCACGGCCAAGCGCAUGACGGGACGUCCCACACGCACCAUGGUCCAGUUCUUGUACCAAAUGGCGUGCCCCGAGCUCAAGUGAGACGCUCGAUCUUCGUGGAGGAAUGUUUGAUGGUUUUGCGAUAAGUUUUCGAAGUAAAUUGCAUUUUUUGGACUAGA